UUUAAUUUCGUUUAUAGCUUAUAGCACAUUCUAAUCACUAUCGGAGGCACUCGGUGGCAGCUGGCCAUCACACCAAACCAUUUCCACACACUAUAACUCUAUGAUGGACAGCCACUCCUUCUGAUACUCUAUAACUGCCUUUUGAAUCUAUCUAACGCAGAAGCCCUCUAUACCGUUGCGUUGCUACGUGGUUUUAGCGUCACUUUGUGAGAUCAAGAUGCGUUUUGACCUCCUUGGCCGGAGAUGAACUCUGUUCGAACACUGAACAAACGAACUCGUUUAUUCCGUUUCUAUUGUUCUGUCACACUUGCCCUUGACAACGUCGCCAUGUUGGAUUCGAACAUACCACAACAAAACUUCAAACUUCACGAUGGACUUCAUGCGUGAAGAAGAAGUUAGGUGAUUUUUACGGGCCUAAUGAGGAUAGCGGAACUCACUAUUUGUUAAAGAGAUCUGAGUGAUUCUUAUUUCCCAAAUGUCAGGGCUGGAAGAUGAAGAAAAGAGUCAUUUAAAAGUUAGGUGUUCUUGUGUCUCAAAUGAGGAGGACAUAGACGAUGCGAGUGAGUGCCUUAGUAGUCAAGAUUUAAGGAAUGGUCUUCGGACAAUUUCUAAGGAGGUAAGAAAAGUACUAAGCUGUCCAGCCAUCUCACCUAGAAAAGAAGAAUGUUGUAAGAAACCAUGUUCAUCCAACUGCUUGUCAGACGAAUCGGCCACAGGAAAGGAAGACACAAACGCCGAAUCACCCGAACCGACAGAAGAAGUUCAAGGUGACUUACAGGUGGUUCAAAGUCACGCGUCUAUCAUGUGUCAAUCACGUGCGAGGAGUCGACAGGAUAGCGAGUCGACCGCGAGUUCGUACCGGUUCAUGUGCAGGAUCUGUCACGGCGGGGAAGAUGAGGAAGAUGCAAUGAUCAGCCCGUGUCUGUGCUCAGGGUCUCUACAGUACUGUCACCAGGAGUGCCUCCUCAAAUGGCUCGGUUGGAAAAGUACAUGGACUUGCGAGUUGUGUUCUCACGGCUUCAGCAUCGUAAACUACGGCCUGAAAAGACCGUCAAGGUGGAAAUGUGUCAAACUUGACGCCACGGAAAGAUGGUCCAUGGUUGUCGUCCUCCUCGCGCUGUCCGCUAUCAUCGGGUCCACUUACUUCCUGGUCUGGUCCUUCACCAAUCCCAUGUCAGAACAGCAGAAAAAGUCGCCCGAAUUCCAAGUGUGCUACGCCCUGUAUGCGAUAUUGAACUUGUUCUCUGUCGGGAUCGUGCUAUUCUACGUCCGACCGAUCGCAGCGCUCGUCAACAGGUGGCGGGCGAUCAACCAGCGACUACAGGUACAAGAUUACGCAGGUCGGUUGAAGAAAAGGCGCCUUUCAGAGUGUUCAAGUAUCCUGGUCCUCCCUUCUACAGAGGUUCUGACGUCAUCAGUACAACUCGUUCUCAUGGACAAUGUCUCGAACGAAUCACGGGUGUAAAAGAGUCCUACAUCUUACGAGAAGUCUACCUGAAAUCAUCACGGCUGUCAACGGACAAAAACCGUUGGUACGACGUCCUACCGUACAAGAUCGCCGUUAGGGACUUAUAUUAAAACAGAAUGCCAUAGAAAUACGUUGAUUGUCAUACCUCACUCUGUGCCAUCGUAA